AUGGCUGCGGUAAACCCACCUGACCUCAACGCGCCCGGCGAGCAGCCUUCAGUCGAGCGCGUUGACCUCGUUGCCCGCAAGAGCCUGGGCCUUGACGAGGACCCGGAAGCAGUCACUCCCGUGUUCUAUGUCGUCACUCUCACCAAGUUCCUGACUGCCAACCCUGGGGAUGACAACUUCUUACUCGAGCUGCCUACCAAGGGCACGACGAUGGGCGGAAAUGGAUAUGGUUCUGUCACUUGUAUGGAAGACGGCUGCUGGAGUGACAUCGUUCUCAGCGCCGAUCCCGAUCUCCCAGACGGCGGUCGUGAGAACGGUCUCGGCAGCUUCUACGAAUACGCUCUCCACUGUCGCAACGAGGACCACAUUCACCACCGUGACCAGCGUCUGAAGUGCAUGGGUCUUCAGAUCCCUGCUCCCGUCUCUCAAGUCGCGGUCCUUCCCCAGGACAUUGUCAACAGCUCCGCUGUCUCGCCACCUGCCGCGGGCCCUAGUCGCCUUGCCACGGCAGUUACAACGGCAGCACCUGCCGUUAACACGGCCCCUCUGUUCUCCAAGCCCGCUUUUCACUUUGGCGCAGAGAAUGUCGCCGCCGGCUCUACUGCUGCUGGCCCGUCUUCGAAAUCGGCCUCUACCCCGCUCAGCGCUUCGUCCAGUGCUGCCGACAUCAAGCCCAACAUCUUUGCUGAAGCUGGCCCAUCUCGCCUUUCUGCCUUUGGUUCUUCGUCAUCCUCGGGACUCCGCGACCACAGCCUUAAUCUUCUGGAUCAGAAACCUGAUGUUUCGUCUUCUCCAAAGGUGAAGGACUGGGCGGCGCACCGCACCCCUGUGAACAACGAUGCCGACAGUGACGAGGACAUUGUCUGUUUAGGGCAAAGCUCCCCCCGCCGACCUGCACGUCGCCACGAGGUACUCCUUGUCGACUCUGACGACGACGACAUCAAGCCCAUGCUCUCCUCACAGUCGACUCUCUCGUCCUCCCAGAAGCCCCCUUACGUCAAGCGCUGGUUCGAAAUGAAUAUUCCCGACAAGCUGGCCGCCGUCCAACUCGAGCUCGACGCUCUGCGCAAGGCUAGGCCCAUUACACCUGAUCAAAGGGGUGCCGUCGGUUCGCGCAAGAGCGAGCUCAGGCAGAUCAAGUCGUCAUUUGGCAUCCGUACCUGGAUCCCUCCUUCGCAGACCGUCCUCAAGCUUAUCCCGCGCACUGCCAUUGACCCCCGUCUCGCCGACACUUUCACCUGGCCUUAUGUCGCGCCACCUCAGCCCAAGGAAGAGCCAGCUGCUGCCGCUAUGCCCGGAGCCUUUGCGGGUAGCGCUGUUGCUGGACCAUCUACUCACCCUAUGGCUGGACCGCCUGGUGGACCUGCAGCUCACCAGAACGCUUUCCGUGCAGCUGGCCCUGGUGUUUUUCCUCCUUAUGAGCUGCACCGCAGCCCAGCCGAGUACAACGCUAUCUGGAGUGCCAUCGACCGUGACACUCGCGUUAGGUACAGCCGCGAUGAGCAGAACAUGCUCGCUCGUUUCUACCAGGCCAUGACGGCCAACCCCCUUGCGGACCCCAUGCUCAAGCGUGAUGUCCUCGUCCGCCACGUCGAAGCGAUGCAGCGCUGGACUGCCCCAGACGCUAGCAACUGGAAACCACCCACCGCACUUUUGAUGAAGAACUGCCCCGAACUGCGCGGUGCCACUCACCCCAACCUGGUUCAGUUCCUUCCCGACCCCGAGGCCAACGUUAUCGGCUUUGAAGACAUGGACAUGGACCAUCUUGACUACUAUGGUGGUGCCGAACUUGACCGCCCCCAAACCGCUCAGGGCCUCACCACCUUCUUCCAAGACGCCCUCCAAGACUUCAAGGAAGACGCUACUAUUGAAGAUGGCCUCAAGGCCCUUAACCUAGCCUCCCUGGACGACGAGAUGCCUGGCGCCAACUUCAAGCUGCUCCCUCACCAAGUCCUCGGUGUCGCAUUCAUGGUUGGGCGCGAAAAGCGUACCUCUGGCCCCAAGGGCGGUCUCCUUUGCGACGCCAUGGGCCUGGGCAAGACGGUCCAGACGCUUGGCUUGAUGCUUCAGCGUGACAAACGCCCAUCCGACUUCAAGAAAGCCCCCCAGCUUAUCAUUGCCCCUGUGGCUCUCUUGGCUCAGUGGAAGGAAGAGAUUGAAACCAAGACGACGGUGGGCUGGAAGGUUCACAUUCACCACGGAACGAGUCGUCUCAAGUCGCCAGGUGCCAUCAGGCAGUACGACAUCAUCCUGACAUCGUAUGGUACCCUGCGCGCUGAAGUUUUCCCCAACGGCAUGAAGAAGAAGAAGAAGAAGCGCCCUGCUCACUGGGCCGGCGGUUCCGAAUCCGAGUCUGAGUCCGACUACCGCGACCAUGCCCCACCUCGUUCGUCUCCUCUUCUCAAGACCAAGUGGUUCCGUGUGAUCCUCGACGAGGCCCACAACAUCCGCAACAAGGGUACCGCCACGUCCAAGGCUGUCAUGGAGCUCGACUAUCUUCACCCUUGGUUCCUGUCGGGUACCCCAAUUGUCAACUCGUUGGCGGACAUUGGCCCCGCCCUCAGCUUCAUUGGCCUCAUGGACCUUGACGAGUUCCACAAGCGCGUGACCAAGAUGGAGAAGAAGAAGCCCCGUCUCGCCACCAAGCGUGCGCAGGCCAUUCUCAAGCCCCUCAUGAUGCGCCGCAACAAGGACUCUGAGAUCAACGGUCGCAAGAUUCUUGAGCUUCCUCCCAAGAUUACCAACAUGGAUCAGCUCACGUUCUCGCCUGACGAGCGCGCCAUCUACACCUCCGUCGAGCAGCGCGCCAAGGUCCGCGUCAACACCUUCCUCCGUGAGGGCACUCUGAUGAAGAACUACCAAGUUGUCCUUGUUCUCCUUCUCCGCCUUCGUCAAGCCGUCAACCACCCCUGGCUGCUUCGCCGCAGGCCUGGCGAGGAGGCCCGCGAAGAUGACCUCCUUGUGGACGACGAUGUUCUUGGGGCGAACAUGACCGAAGCACGUGCCAACGACUCGGACGAGUACGGCCGCGCCGUCGGUCUCCUCGGCCAGCCUGCCGUCGACGUCAUGCGUGAGAAGCUCGAGGAGCGCUACAACGCGAUGACCGACGAUGCUGAGAACGACGAGCCCCAGGACCUCGAAUGCUCAAUCUGUUAUGAGCCCUUUGACGGCACCGAGAUGAUCACCAAGUGUUGCCACAUUUACUGCAAGGGUUGCGUGGACAGCCUGUUUGGUCAGCCUUUACGCGACGCUACCAGUCUCUCGGACGAGGAGGCUCAGCGUGGCUGCCGUGUCUGCCCCCUCUGCCGCGCCGUCCUUGAGCGUGGUGAGAUCUUCCGUGUGUCUGCCAUCUUCACCCCGCCCCAGGACAAGAGGCCAAGCAUUGACGACGAUGUCGACGACGCCUCGGACUCGGAGGACGUGGCGACCGACCGCAAGGGCAAGGGCAAGGCCAAGCCUCCCCAGGACAAGGGCAGGAAGCGCGCUUCUGCGGAAGACGCUGCCAAAUUCUUUGGAAAGAAGCAGAAGCUCGACGAGGAGGGCAACGCCAGGAUUGUCAACCUUGAUGACGACGAGAACGAGGUUGACGAGCUCGAUGAAGAGAACAUUGAGGACGUUAUCCCACCCUCCACCAAGAUGAAGCAGCUUCUCACUCUUGUUCAGGGCUACCUCGAGGAGGACUCGACCACCAAGAUUCUCGUCUUCUCGCAGUUUGUUCAGUUCCUCGACCUGCUCAGCGACUACCUCAAUGGCAACGGUGUCCGCAACAUUGACUACCGCGGCAGCAUGAACCAGAACGAGCGCAGCGAGGCGAUCCGCCGCUUCUCCAUGCCCUCGGCCAUUGCCGACAGCAUUUCCGUCAUGCUCAUCUCGACCAAGGCCGGCGGUGUUGGUCUCAACCUCACCAUGGCCCACAAGGUCAUCUGCUGCGACUUGGCUUGGAACCCCGCCACCGAGAACCAGGCUGUUGACCGUGCCCACCGCAUUGGCCAGACCAAGGAGGUGACCGUUGAGCGCCUCGUCAUCAGCAACACUGUCGAGGAGCGUCUCCUUGCCAUCCAGGAGCAGAAGGGCCUUCUCGCCGAUGGAGCUAUGGGCGAGGGCGCUGUCGGCAAGAUUGGCCGUCUCACCGCCGAGAACAUUCGCAUGCUCUUCGCCAUUGACCGCGACUACCACCACGAGGAUGACUAG